GGCGGAUGAUACGAACUCAAGGUCAUUUAUUCAGGGACUCUUCUAUCUUGCUUUAGUCCAAUUGGAGCUUACUUGAACUUGCGGUUUUUAGAAUAUGCCAUAAGGUCGCCCUUUCAUAUACCAUAUAAUUGACCCUUAUGUCAGGAGAUACUGAUUUGUCACUGUUUGAAUCCAUUGACCGACUCAUUUCCAAGUCAACUUUGAAAUUUAACUACCACAAUUUAAAUGUCCAUAAAAUAAGGAAACGAUUAAAGAUCCAAACGUAUGAUCUCGCUUUCGUUUUUCUAAAAGGCCCUCACAAAUAUUCUAAUGGAGCAGUUGUUCAUCCUGGAAUCGAUCUUUAUGAAAAACUUCAUGAAAUUGUGGUUUCUGAGCUUAAAAAGAUGGGAAGAGAUAAGAGAGCUAGGAGGUUAGAUGCAUUAAUCAACAGUGUUUCAAGAGAUGCAGAACUCUUACGGAAGCUUAUGUUCCUGUUUCUCAUCGCUACCCCAGUACAUGGGGGUUCUAGUGAUUUAGAGGUGUAUGACUGGUUCAAAUGCCAUAUCUUCAGUUGCUUAUAGUCGUCUUGCUAGUAUCAGUGAUCCAGAUUAUACCGGUGUGCUUUCCUCUGUGAGAUGUCGAAAUUCAUCAUCAUCAUCAAGCGCUUACUCUUUGCUGUGCAAAAGUUCAUCAUUAUUCAACCAGUCUGAUCAAAUAGGAAGUUUAUCACAGUUUACCCGGACAGCUUCAUUUUCAAACAGUAUGUUUAGUAUAAUCCCCAGGCACUUUGAUUUCACGAAAUCUAACCCCAUUGCAUUUCGAAAUUUUGCAACAACUUGUCGCGAAUUUGGAGACUACACUCAUCCUUUGUCUAGAAUAUUGGACGAAGAAGAUGAAGGCUAUAGUGAGACAUUUUCUAAAGCAGAUAAUCGACCACUAUUAAAUAGUGAAAAUAUUAAAGAUAUUGUAUAUCGACUUUUUUCACAAUUUUCUCCGGCUAUCGGUCAAUUAUUAGUCAAGGAAAUAUUCUUUCCAUCAUUUGAACAUUGCUCUAAAGAGAUUUCAAGAGACAACACUUUACUGGCUAAUAAAGAUCUUAAAACUAUUUUACCAUUAAUAUCUUCAAAUAAUGUUCAACGUUUCUCUUGGGAAAACAGAGGCGUUGGAUGUUUAGACAAAGAAUUGCCGUAUUUGAGUGAAGUUGGUCCGAUUUCUGCUGAAGCUGUAUUGGUAUUUAGCAAGUUCAGAUCUGAUUUUCUCGCUGGCAAUAUUGGAAGUAUUACAGAAAACGUCAAUAAUAAUAAUACUACUACUAGUAAUAAUAGUAGUACACUGAAAUCAGUUUCAGCAUACAACAAUGACUUUCUUCAUCAUCUUUUAUUUUUGAGAAUGGGUACUCAAUCGGAAAGAUUUCAUUACUUUUCUGAUUUCAUACCAACUACUACUACUGAUCAGAAUAGUGAUCAGAUGCCGUACUAUUCUCAUCCGUUAACUGGUCACUUUGCAUGGAUACCAAAUAAUCAAGAUUCACUUAAUAUAGGCGUUUCAUCUCAAUGUCUAUCACACUUUGUCGACAGUCAUCUUAAAGCUGGAACUGUUUACAAAAAACUAUGUUGCUUUGCUUAUCAUGUUGUUUCACUCUUUCCGACAUCUGUUCACGAUAAUACUAUUUGGUUGGGUAAGAUUUGGGCAUGCUUUAUUCAAGGAUUGAGAACAUGGUUAGGUGUAUACGAGAAGUCAUUGUAUUCAAUUCUAUCGAAAUUGUCAGACAGUAAUGACUAUGGACUCCUUUGGAUUACCGACCGCUUAUCCUGUCUUUCUAAGCAGAUAAAGUUUGUCGGUGAAUUAUGCAUGCUCAACGCCGAACAGUCAAGUGCAUCGUCAUCAUCAUCAGCAUCCGCAUCGUAUCCUCUGUUAAAACUUAAUGGAAUAGGAUUAUUAGCAUAUUUAAUGUCAAAAGCUGACCGGUGUAUGUGUCAUUCAUCUGAAAGGACAGCAAGAUUUCUUUUCAAAGAGGCUGCUAAACCAUUCGUCAGGUUUCUGGAAAAGUUUUCCUUAGAUGGUAUUCAUGAUAAUGAUGAUGUUGGCAAUGAAUUCAAUCUGAUUGUUGGUUCAAAACAACAUUUAGAAAAACAAGGUGAUACAUUAUGGAGUAAAAGCUUUCGUUUUUCCGCUUAUACACAAGUAUUAAACAUACCAGUGGAUACUGAAAAUGUUAUACGCACUUACUUGGCUGAACUACUACCAGAAGGAUUUGGUGAAGAAAUUCUUUGCUGUGCAAAGUCCAUGCUGUUGUUGAAACAAAUUUGUCCUAAGCAUUUUCUAUUUCAAACUCGUUCAAAAUUUCCAAAUUUAUGUUUUCUGGAGACUGUUGAACAAGUGUCUAACUAUCAAGAUGCUUUUGGGAAAUAUCAGGAAUUGUUAAAUAAUACAGCUAUUGAACAUACGGCUACAAGAAAACAGAAGAUUACUCAAAUGAUUAUUGAACGACAAAAAUUCUUGAAGUAUGUAAAAGAUAUUCAAACGUCAAGACUUGCUGCCAUUGAAGCGAAACGAAUUGAACAGUUGGAAGCUCACGUCGUCAAACAGCGUGCUCAACUGGCUGAAUUGAAAUUGGCCGCUGAAACAGCUGCCAGCAGACGUCGAGAGGCGAUAGACGCUGAAAAGAAGGCUGAUCAAAUGCUCUUAGAAUCAAUCGCCUUAUCUGAUAAGUAUGAACAAGAGGUGAUCAAUGAGGCUAAGGCUGAAUUAGAAGCGUAUUAUGCUAAUUUAACUCAAGAAGUUGAUAAACAUCGAGCCGACCUAGACACCCACAUAAAAAAUGAUCAAAUUCUUAUUGAAACUUUGGAACCGAAUGCCAGUAAAGCUUUACAGAUGAAAGCUAAUCGUAUUGCACCCAUGGCUUAUGAAGUGCUGCACAGUGAAUUAACUGACGACAAGCUGUCAACCAGUAAAGUACAGUCAAGCCAAUCUUAUCCGUCUGAUCAAGUGUCUGUUGCAGACGAUCAACAAGAAGUUCUUGAGCAUGAAAAAGCAUCCAGUUGUCGUGUUGUUUCAUCAAAUGAAGAGAAUAGGUCAGCGAUAUGUACGUCUGGCGAUUUGUCAAAUGAUGAUGAUCCUUUAAAUAUGCUACGCAUUAAAUUUGCUCAGCGUAAUCAAGGCGUUUGUACAUUUAAGGAACAAAUGUCACAGCUGAUUUAUGGUUCUGAUGACAAUCGUGGGAAUUCCGAAUGUACUAAUAAGUCUCAAGAUACCAACAGAGAUACAAUGGUAGAGACAAACAAUUCGAAUCCUCUUAAAUCUAUAGAAGCAUUUAAGCAACGUAAUAAAUAUGGUCAUUCAUCUGAUUCAACGAUCCAGCAUAUACUCUACGGCAAAGGUGUUGGACCAUCAUCUAGACCUUCAGUUUGGGAGGCAGAACGGAUGAAAGAAGAUGCUAUACGCUUAGCCAAUGCACCGAAUGAAUCAGAUACUAUAACGCCUGAUGAAGAACUUUUAGAAAUCAAUAAAAAUACAUUGAAGGUGAAACCAUUUACAAAAGAAUUCCCAUCAUUGGAUCAAGAUUUUCUUCCUGAAUCUUCAAUAUUUAGAGAUUACAAGCUGUCAAGAUUAUCGUCAAAUGAAGUUCAUGAAUUGACGGAGGGUAAAACUAAUUGUUUAAUGACUCCUCUACGCGUAUUAAUUGAUCGGUCAAUAAUUCGUCCUCUUACUCUUCAUGUGAAAUAUGUCAAUAGUGCUUUGUGCAACUAUUUCAUAUUUGAUCUUCGUCUUUGCGAUCAUUUCUAUUGUCUGUAUGAAACAUACCUUCUAGCCAAUGGGAGUUUCUCUCAACUGUUAUUGAAUGAUUUAUUUGAAAAGGCUGCUGGCCCAAUUCAUCAUCGUGCCAGUUUAUUCGACACAGAUUAUCUUCAACAAUUAAUGAAAUCAGUACUGACAGAAAUGUCAUCAAGUCAUACAGCGUUAGGCAAGAACACUAGUCUAGACUUCAUUACCGCCAAUUCAUAUCAUACGCAUCAUGCUGCACUAAAUACUAAGCCUUUAUUGAAUUCAACACAUUUAUUAAAGCAUUACUUAAGUCUAGUGUCAUCAUUGCAGUCAAGAAAGGCAUCGAUUACUAGUGGUACUGCUGCCGCCACUACAAGUACAAUCUCUUCCAUGAAUGAUUAUCCCGAAGAUUCUAGUGAUCCUUAUGAUUACAUCUCGUUUAAUCAUUUACACCUGAUGUAUAACGCUCCUUGGCCGUUAAGUCAAUGCUUCAAUUCUAAUAUAAUCCAAAAGUAUAAUCGUAUAUUUCAACGUUUAAUCCAGUGUAAAUUUGCUCUGUGGGCAGUUAAUUCAUGUUUUCAACAGCUGAAAAAUGAUCGUGGCUAUUUAUUACAUCAUUUAUUGGCAUCAAGAAUAGUGUCGGCGUCGUCGGCGUCGUCAAAGACACCCGCCAACGUCAAUGUCAAGCCGCCUCCGUCAUCCACCUUAUUUCUUGAUACAUCUGAUCAUUUGUCAAAAACCUUUCAUUACAUUUAUAUCUGGCUAUAUGAGCUGCAUCAAACUAUUCAUAGUCUUAAUAUGCAUUUAUGCAAUCAUGUUACUGUCUGUUGGAGUAAAUUUAUCAAGUAUUUAGGAUUAUUCAAUACCUAUUAUAAUUUUAUGUCUGAUGAUAACUUCUUACUAUCCUCAAAGGCAUGUAAGCGAAUUGAUGAAAGUGCUCCUGACGUCAGAGAUUAUGAAGAAGGCAGUAAAAGUGAACAGCGUAUUGACAGUUUAACGGCAUUGUAUACUGCACACGAGAGAUAUUUAGAUGAGAUCAUUUCAGGUUGUUUAUUAGAUGCAUCCGAUAAUGAUUUCAAUCAAAUUCUACACGGUAUGUUAACCUGUGCACAUCAAUUUCAUCGAGCUUUAUUAACUGGAAGAUGGAUAACAAAACAAUCAUGCCAACAGGUGUUCACUACUACCACUACUAGUAAUAGUAGUAGUAACUGUAAUGAACAGCCACAACCACAAAGUUAUCAUGAACAGAUUGAACAUACUGAAUGGCGACAAUUGUACUCGAUACAUGCUAGUUUUCGAAGUUAUAGUCAAUUUCUUAGACGUCGGAUAAAUCGUCUACUGGUCAAUUAUUCAGGUGGUGGCAGCGGUGGCUCCGGUGGCGUCGGGAGUGGUGGUGUUAAAAUUACUCGUUCAAAAUUAGCUCAGCUAUCUUUGAUAUUUGGCAUGAAUGACUUUUAUGCCUCAGUGGAUAGCAGUAAGCAGAAUAAUAACGACAACAACAAUAAUGAUAUUACAUGAUCUGUCUCUUCUGUUU